AUUAACAAACUAUAAAUUUUCGAUCAACUUGUUCGCAGCUAAAUAAUCUAUGCUCCACUUAUAGACUGAAUCUAGGGUGUAAAGGAACGUGAGAGCAGGCGAUUGUGUGUCUGUGCUAGUGCAGGUGCAAACGCAAGCAAUAAUUCAAUCAGGCGAGGCUUAGCGGAGCGCCCCGUGUUUACCAAACAUACCCUUAUCACCAACAUUAACGACCUUAUCCUUUUAAGACGCUCUAACUAUUUUAAUUAGAUUGAAUGUCAUUUUAAACUCUAUGCCUAUAGCAAUAAAGACCUCGCCAAUUCAAUUUACCGAUUAAUUUAUAGUGUUUGCGAUUACUUUGUUUAAAUGUGUCAUCCGAUGAAGUCGUUUACGAUUUACUUUGUUCUCAUUUACUGGAUUCAACGCGGGAGAUGUCGAGACGAAGAAAAAAUCAGCAAAGGUUGCUAUUGGCCGAACGAAGUAUACGAACCUUGUUUUGGAGGGUGCGCGGAGGUGUCAUGCGACAACCCCCGCAACCACAUGCGCCCCUGCUACCCCUACUGCGAGCCGGGCUGCGUGUGCGGCGACCCUUACGUCAGGGAUGACCGCACUCACCAGUGUGUGCUACCUCAAGACUGCUCUCCAACUCAAAUGGGAAUACCGGUACCAAGUAAGAGGGUAGCGAAGCCACCAGUACCGAAGUACGUGCCUCCAGCUAAAACACCGAGGAGUCAUGGAAAGCGUGAGGAAAUUCAGGACAUGGAAGAAGGAGGACCUACCAACAACCACAUGGAAGAUUUCAAGCGAGGGAACGAAGUGUCCCGUAUGGGCAAUUAUUUCAACAUCGUCAUUGCACCUCCACCAAUAAAAGCUCUGCAGCCGAGGAAAUUACUUCACAAAGACAACUUCAGAUCGCCGAUUAAACAAAUAAAUUGA